AUGGCAUCCACACAUCAUUCGAGACGGUCGAGAGACACCCCUCAGGCCGAGAUGCCGAUUGGUCGUUACACUCGCCUCGAUGAAAUUGGUCGAGGGAGCUUUGCCACGGUCUACCAAGGUGUACAUACGAAAUCUCGCACUUACGUCGCCAUCAAAUCGGUCAACUUGUCGAAGCUGAAUAAGAAGUUGAGAGAAAACCUCUCGUCGGAAAUCCAUAUCCUCAAGGGUCUGUAUCACCCGCACAUCGUUGCGCUCAUCGACUGCCAUGAGACGACGGCGCAUAUCCAUCUGGUGAUGGAAUACUGUGCUCUGGGGGAUCUGUCCAUGUUUAUCAAGCGACGAGAGACGCUCGGGGAGCAUCGGUACACGAAGGAUAUGAUCGCUAAAUACCCGAACCCUCGUGGGGGCGCAUUGAAUGAGGUGGUGGUUCGCCAUUUUCUCAAGCAACUGUCCAGCGCCCUGAAGUUUCUACGGGAUCGAAACCUAAUACACCGUGACAUCAAGCCCCAGAAUCUCCUCCUUUGCCCUUCUCCUUCAUCGUACCGGAAGGGCAUCGCCCAGGUCGUUCCAUUCAAGGGCAACGAAGACUCGUUCAACCCCACGACGGGGCUCGAAUCGUUGCCGAUGCUGAAGAUCGCCGAUUUCGGGUUCGCUCGGUCUCUUCCCGCUACGUCGCUGGCCGAAACUCUCUGUGGCUCGCCGCUGUACAUGGCUCCCGAGAUUCUGCGCUACGAGAAAUAUGACGCGAAGGCCGAUCUAUGGUCGGUAGGGACGGUCUUGUACGAGAUGGUAGUUGGCAAGCCUCCCUUCCGGGCCACAAACCAUGUCGAGCUGCUGCGCAAGAUCGAGAAGGGCGAGGACAAGAUCCGGUUCCCCGAAGAUAAUCCGGCUUCAGAUGACAUCAAGGCAUUGAUACGGAUGCUCUUGAAGCGGAACCCCGUGGAACGAAUGAAUUUCUCCGACUUCUUCGAUUCUGGCAUCAUCACGGAGCCUAUUCCUGGCCUCAUCGCCGAUGAUAAGCCAACACAGACCUCGCCUCCUGUCGAUGCCGGCUCCGUCGAAACGACACCCAGGCCCGAAUCUCGCACCGGGCUUGGUACAUCCGCCGGGUCGCGGCGCGAGAAAGAAGCGUCGACCCCGGCAAAGACGCGAGACGAACCACAGGGAUAUCCCCCACCGCAUCGCACCACAAGCAGUAAUCCGAACCGAUCGGGGACACCCCCGACGGUCACGCCCAUGCGGAGAGUCAGCAGUAUAGACCGGACUCCGUCUUCUCCCAAAGAGCCCUCCUCCGGCGCUACCCCGCAGAGACCGCCCGCCGUUGCUACCGCCACAGCGCCGGGGCGGCAGGAAUUGGUGGACCGACACGCUCUGGCCCAUGCCAUGGAGCGACAGAGAAGUCGAAACACCCUCUCCGGGGCGUCCCCAUCAGAGAAACCCACGGCGGACAAGACGAAGGAGGAAAGGGAACGUGCGGCACAAGACGUGGCGUUCGAGAGAGACUACGUGCUCGUGGAGAAGCGCGCCGUGGAGGUGAACGCCUUUGCAGAUGAAUUGGCACACAGUCCUCGCUUUCAGACCGGGUACACUAAGAACCCUCAGGCCGGCGCGCUCUCUCGCCGGUCCACCACGCACGGCAUGCCUACGGGGACGGCCACGUCGCCUCUUGCUACGACCGGUAAAGCAAUGCAGGUCGCUCCUGGACGCAACCGGGCCGACUCAACACACGCGCGACAACCCUCUUACGAACGGCGGUACGGACAGAGCCCAACGUCGGCCACGUCGGCAAUUUCGAAGGCGCUCAAUAUGGCCAGUGGGCGACUAUUCGGAGUGGGUUUCUCGCCGCCCAUGCCCAUCUCGAAGGGCGGCCGUUCACCUCCCUUGGCCUACAAUCCGUUCCCGGCAUAUCCCGCCGCUCAGGGGAACAUGAUGCUCGUCGGGGACGGGUCCAAGACGAACAUGGCCAUGGACGAAGAUACCAGGAUCGUCCAGCUGAUUGAAGAGUGUGCUACUCGCAGCGACGUCGUUUACGGGUUUGCCGAGGUGAAAUACAAACAACUCAUCCCCCUCGCCCCGUCCGUUCAGAACGAUCUCCAGGGCAAAGCCAACCUUCCCGGGGGCGAGCGGGAUAAUACCGACUCGGCCGACGGGGGACUCACGGUCGAUGCCGUGGUAACCCUGUCCGAAGAGGCCUUGGUCCUCUACGUGAAGGCACUGUCCCUGUUGGCCAAGUCCAUGGACAUCGCCGGUGGCUGGUGGACACGGAAGAACCGCGGCGAAGCUUUUGGCGAAUCCGGGUUGAGCAGGACCGAUGCUACCAGCGCUCUUGUGGGUAAUCGGAUCAACAACGUUGUCCAAUGGGUGCGGAAUCGAUUCAACGAAGUCCUGGAGAAAGGAGAAUUCGUCCGUCUCAAGUUGGUCGAAGGACAGAAGCGAUUGCCAGCCGAUCACCCCAGCCAUCCUAACAAUAACUCGAUCGGCUCUUCCGUUGGGUCGGGCUCCACGGCAGAUGUCGUCGUCAGUUCCGGGGUGACGGCCGAGAAGUUGAUGUACGACCGUGCCCUGGAGAUGAGCCGGGCCGCUGCCAUCAACGAGCUGACAAGCGAGGAUCUGUCCGGCUGCGAGAUCGCCUACGUGACAGCCAUUCGGAUGUUGGAGGCGGUCUUGGAGGACGAGGAAGCACCGCCAUCGGGACAGGGUCCGAACGCCGGCAAAGGCGACCCCCGCAAGGACCAUGACAGGAUCAUGCUGGACGGGGUGCAGUCUGAAGACCGGCAGGUUGUGGUCAAAUUGGUGUCGAGCAUCCGCGGCCGACUGGGCGCUCUUCGCAAGAAACUCAACCUCUUGGCGACACGGCAAACUCCUCCGUCGAGUGGCCCGGGCAAGAUGGCCCCGUCCAACGUGGUUCCUGCAGCUGCGGCGGUGGGAGCCACUCCGAAGUGA